GAGCCGUCGGAAUCCCUAACGGUCCACUGCUUUUUCAAACUUCAAAACAUCCCUAGCCGGUAAUAAAUUUAAAAACAAAGCAAAACUCAUUUUCCGACUAUGCUCUCUCUCUCUCUCACAUUGCUCCGUCUAUUGCUCCUUUUGCUCGUUGUCUCAAAGAAGCACAAGAAUCGUCAAAGGCCCUCAAACCCUCACUAAUCUUCUUCAAACAAACAUCUCUGAUCCAUCUCUGCAAUGGCUCCCACGCCCUACCAAAAAUCCCUUAUUCCAAGCUGCCAAACCCCAACAAAAACACCUCAGUCAAAACACCGCCUCAACUUCCCCAACCCGAAAGGCAGCACCUACCCGCAUACAUCUCUCAAUCCUCUCUCCGUAACCCCAACAGAACACCCAGUCGAAGUUAUUAGCCGGAUCCGCGACCUUCCCGACCGCAAGGACAAAUCCUCGUUGUCUUCCUCCGCCUUAGAAAUAUCCGGCGACGGUCGCUCUCUCCGCGUGCGCUCCGAUGUGGGCUACAGGGAUUUCAGCCUUGACGGCGUCUCCCUCUCCGAGAACGAGGACCUUGAGGGUUUCUAUAGGAGAUUCGUGGAGUCGAGAGUCAAGGUGGUGCGAUCCGGUGCAAAGUGCACCAUCAUGAUGUACGGCCCAACGGGGGCUGGGAAGAGCCAUACCAUGUUUGGGGGCCUGAAGGAAUCGGGGAUCGUGUACAUGGCUCUUAAGGAUAUUCUUGGGGAAGGGGAUAGGGAUGGUGGCAUGGAAGUUGCGGGAUUUGGGAUUACGUUGUUUGUCCAAGUUGCAGUUCUGGAGAUAUAUAAUGAGGAGAUUUAUGAUCUUCUUUCUGGUUGGAAUGGUAAUGGUGCUGGAACUGAUGGGAUUGCGCUACCGAAGGGGAGCACUCCCAAGGCAAGACUGGAAGUGAUGGGAAGAAAGGCAAAGAAUGCAACUUAUAUAUGCGGAAAUGAAGCUGGGAAAAUAUCUAGAGAAGUUGCAAAAGUUGAGAAACGUAGGAUUGUUAAAAGCACUUUGUUGAAUGAAAGAAGUUCUCGAAGCCAUUGUGUGAUCAUCUUGGAUGUACCAUCUGUUGGAGGAAGGCUUAUGCUUGUUGACAUGGCUGGCUCCGAGAAUAUAGAGCAAGCAGGCCAAGCUGGAUUUGAGGCAAAGAUGCAGACGGCAAAAAUCAACCAAGGAAAUAUAGCAUUGAAAAGGGUCGUCGAGUCCAUUGCCAACGGAGAUUCCCACAUUCCUUUCCGAGACAGCAAAUUAACAAUGCUUUUACAGGAUUCGUUUGAAGAUGACAAAUCAAAAAUUCUAAUGAUUCUGUGUGCAAGUCCUGAUCCCAAAGAGAUGCACAAAACUAUUGCAACUCUAGAAUAUGGGGCAAAGGCAAAGUGCAUUGUCCGUGUUGCUCACAUGCCAACUCCCAGGGAUAAGCUAAGCAGUGAAGAUUCUUCAGCACUACUAAGAUCAAGAAUUGUGGCAAUGAACCAGUUCAUUUACAAUCUACAGAUAGAGAACAAGCUAAAAGACAAGGAAUUCAACAAAGUUCAAAGAGAGCUUUUGCGUAAAGAGGAAGAAAUACUAGGACUUCAAUCUAAGCUUGAGCUCAUUGAAGGAAUGGGAGCAGCAGAAAAAGAAGAAGAGAUCAAGUGCCUGGUCAAUGAGAGGACUCAGGCCUUGAGUCUUGAACUUAAGGAAAUGGAGAAGAGAAUGCAUCAACAAGAAGAGGAACUCCACUUUUUAAGGAAGCAAUUAGAGGGAAUGGAAUCUACUAAAUGUGAAUUGCAUUCACCGGACAGGGAUGGUGUGAAAUUUGUAAAACGACUGGCUGAAAUGUGCGUAGAAGAUCAGGGAAUGGAGAAAUCAAUGGAGUUGGAUAUGGGCGAUCUACAACCUGUUCAUGAUAUUACGGAAAUAAUAAAGGAACAGAAUUGUCCAAAUUUGAUACCUUUCAAUAGCUUUCAACAGGAUUGUAACAAUUCUAGUAUAGAAGAGGAUGUUGGCUUUCAUAAGCCUAAGUUUUUCCCGGAUAUGGUUUGCCUGAGCACUAUAUUUGAGAGGGACGAUGAAGGGGAAGAUAGAAAAAGCAUGGACGAAGAAGUUGGUAAAGAUGUGGAGAAGUGCAUAGGACUUAAUGUAGCCUUAAUAUCAAAGAACCUAACUGAAGAUCCGAAUGGGCUACCUGAUGUAGAUAAUGAAAAGGAUUCUGACUCUACUAGAAGAACAAGAAUUCAGAAUAUAUUCAGGCUUUGUGGUAACCACAGAGAAUUAGCACAACAAGCCCCGGUUCCAACUCCCAUGAACAGAAAACCAAAAGAUGCAACCAUGCAAUCUUCUCCUUUAUCUCAGUGCAAGGAGUUAAUCACCAAAGAAAUCCAUUCAGUGGAGUUUGUACUUCAGCCAAAGCCUAGUGAAAACUCUAUAUCAAGGCUGAGCGCAUGUGAAAGGGAAACGGAGUCAAAAGAGAACAAAGAACCAAUAGGAGUCGAGGCAGCAGAUAUGAUGAAUGUUUAUGUAAGAUGGGAGGCAUCAAAGGAGCUCUCACGAAAUAUGAUUAUGAAACUUUCGGUCUUAAGGAAUUCUACCCUGAGUGAUUUGCGGAAGCUAAUUGAAACUCAUCUUGAGGAAUCCAGCAAAAACCAGACAUUCACUUUUCUGCUGCUCGCGGAUCCCUUGGGAGCUCCUGUUCCAAUGGAAAAGGAAGCUACAGUUUUUGUUAGUAAAUUGCCAAUUUGCAACAAUCAGCUAAAUAGUCACCUUGCAUGUCUACGUCCUACCAAAAAUACCGUUCAAUGGCCGAAUCAGUUUCCUUUCAGUUCAUUGGAGAACACUAUUUGACUUCAUGGAAUUAAUGAAUUGAAUGUUUGAAUUAAUAACUCUGUAUAACUAUAAAAAUAUUUUUGUUUUUCCUAUUUUUGUUACUCUUUUUGUAUGCUUGGGCUCCAAAAAGAUUUCUUGCACUUCACCUGCAUUUGUGAAUUGUGAGU